AUGCCUCCCUCGCGAGCUGUCCCAUCGACCACAUACCGCCCAGUGUACCCUCCUGUUUCCAUCGCUAACCGAUUUCACAUCACUCUGCCCCAUCCGUCCGACUUCACGGCGCCGGGUAUCUUCGAAGAACAGAUCACCUUCACCCGCCCCAUGCUGGAAACCUUCGCCGACACUAUUACCGUGUACAUACACCGACCUAUCGAUAAGCCAACUCCAGGAAAACCAUGGCGUAUGGCUCUACCGACCCAUACCCGCGUUGGAGUCGGGCGCCUUGUGCGGGUGGGCAGAUGUGGCAGAGGGAUUGUCACCGAAGUCCACCGUCAUGGCCGCCAAUAUAUCACAUUCACAAUCUUCGAGUUUACCCGCAGUGAACGCAUCUACCUCAUGGUGCGCCGCGAAUGGGCGGACAUGACGGCUCGUCGUGUCCCUAAACAAUUACUGGCGGAAGAAUCGGAAUCAGGUUCGGAAGCAUGUACUACAUCUCGGCUUCCCUAUGUUUUCUUCUCCCUCGAAGCUUGA